CGUGUGGGCCUCCGCCGGCUAUCCACCACUCCCUGGCUGGUUGAUUCCUACGGUCUGUCACAGGCUCACAGCCGGAGCUCGCUCGCCGGCGCUUGCCCAGUCCACGCCCAUGGCGGCUCCGACCACGAGCCGUCUCCACCGCCGCCUCCUCCCCGCACUCCCAUCCUGCACCCCUCGCGCCCCGUCCUUCUCAGCCCCCUCAGUCCAGGGACCCAGCCGCCGGCCUACCUCCCGGCUGUACUGCUCGUCGCCGCCGGUGGGAGCGCCGCCGUCCGGCAAGGGCGGCGAGUACCGGCCCUCCUUCGCCGACGACUUCCUCCUCGCCUUCUUCCGGGCCAAGAUGGUGGAGGAGGUUGGGUGGGAUUCUCAAAAGCCUGGAUACGACGGGCUGAUCGAAGUUGCGAAUCGCCUCAUGGUCAAGGGGAAAAGUGCUUCAGAGACUGAGCAAUCAGCUGUCCGAGUACUUCAGGCACUGUUCCCACCUCUGUUGCUAGUCCUUUUCAAAGCUCUUUUAGCACCAAUUGCUAAUGGCCAACUUGCUUCCAUGAUGGUAGCUAGAGCAACAGCGCUUUCGUGCCAAUGGCUAAUGGGCACAUGUUCAGUGAAUUCUGUAACACUGCCCAAUGGGAAGUCGUUAUCUAGUGGGGUGUUUGUCGAGAAGUGUAAAUAUUUGGAAGAGAGCAAAUGUCUUGGCAUUUGUAUCAACACGUGCAAACUGCCAACUCAGACCUUCUUCAAGGAUCACAUGGGCGUCGAUUUGUAUAUGGAGCCAAAUUUUGAAGACUAUAGCUGCCAGUUCAACUUUGGAGUGCCACCCCCACCUCCUGACACGGACAAGGCCCUGAAGGAACCAUGCUUGGACAUAUGCACAAACGCUAGACGGCGCAGAGAGCUUGGCAGCAGCGGUGGCCCGGAUGGUCUAUGCCCCCAAGUUUGAUCUGCUGCUUCUGAAAGGACGCACAUGAUAAAUACUUAAAAUGGUAUGAAUAUAGAUUUUUUUUAGGGCUAAGUUCGAAUAUACUCCCUCUGUCCCACAAUAUAAGAACGUUUGUCAAGCCAGCAAUGGUGCUGCCCCUGUUUCACCUGCGACUGAAGAUGGAUUUGUAUGUGGGCUUUGCGGGCUGGGCCGGCUUCUUCCCUAGGUGAACGGUAUAGCAUGAUGUGCACAUACACGCCACAUGCUGCGCGCAUGGGUUUAAUUGGGAUGUAUGCAACCUACUAUAAUUAGAAUAACGAAGUUGAAUCUCGUA